AAUAAAUAUUCUGUCCAAUAGAUGGCCUUAUAUAUACACAAUGAAUCCUCAGUUAUACCGCAACUGUAAAAUCAGAUGCGGUGAAAGGCAUUUAGAGACGGGCAAACCAUUUAACAUGCACAAAUCAAUUUAAGACCAAAAAUCGAGGAUAAAGUGUGGCAAUAGUAUAACGAUGUGCCUCGACAAAAUGUUGUUGAUGACCAUGGCCAGUUGAUUUAGCAUAUAAAACACAGACAUGUAACUAAUGUGGCCUUUUGAUGGAGGGAAAACAAAAACUUCAUAUGUUACCCCGAUCUGCAGGCUGAUUGAGCAUCCAUGAAAAUAAGGUUGACGUCUAGGCUAUUAGACCGUUUAACUGAAAGUGUUUACUUUCAUUGGGCCAGUGUAGCCAAUCAAUUAAAUAGUAAGUUGAAAUUUAGAAACACGAAACGAAGACUAAUUUAAAGUAUAACCAGGUAAGAGUCCACUACUUGAGCAUCAAUGAUAGCCUACAUGGAUGCAGGGGUCUCCUUCCCAGGGUACCAAGGGCUUACCACUGAGGAGAGGAGCCCACGCAGGGCGUAUAGUGUGGAGAUUGGUCCUGGCGACUGUGUUAUAGGAAUUGAGAAGCACCCCUUGACAAAAAAAAAAUGGCUUGUGACAGGCGUUGCAUGCGCAAUGAACGGUUUGCGGUUGAUUCCAGUACAGUAUAAAAUUAGUCCGCAUCAUUCCCUGACAUCUUCCUUCAAUAGAGGGCUGAAAUCUCAGUUCCCUGCUAUCAUCAGAUUUGGACGGAGGAGCCUCUAUCUGAGCCAGGCUACUGUGGAAAGAGGUUUGUUGACCCUCCCUACCCACCCUGCUCAUUCCCUGAGGACCCACCCUGUUGCUGGUUGGGUGUCGCUCCCCGCUCUGCCUGGUGGUGGCCCUCGGGAGCUUUGAGCGGAUAGAGAGUGCAAUAGUGCAGCAGCCAUGACGAACGCAGUGAUGGGCGGUAGCUCGGACCGCUGGGUGCCCAACGAUAGGCAGAUGAGCAUGCAUGCCAAUGAUAAGGAACAGGGCAACUGGACCAACCAGGCCAGGCCAGGUCCCGACGCUCCGGACCUGACUGACGAGGAGAAGGAGAUCAUUAACGGUGUGAUCGCCCGUGCUGAGAAGAUGGAGGCCAUGGAGCAGGAGAGAAUUGGGCGCCUGGUGAACCGUCUAGAUGACAUGAAGAAGACGGUGUGUGGGGACGGGGUGAACCGCUGUCUGCUGUGUGGGGAGCAGCUGGGUGUUCCAGGGGUCAGCUCAGUGGUUUGUGAGGACUGCAAAAAGCACAUGUGCACCAAGUGUGGAGUGAAGAACGGCAGCCGGUCGCGCUCUGUGUGGCUCUGCAAGAUCUGCAGCGAACAGCGAGAGGUGUGGAAGCGAUCUGGUGCCUGGUUCUUUAAAGGCUUUCCUAAGCAGUUCCUGCCCUCGCCCAUGUCCAUCUCCAAGUCCAAAGAGUCAAGUGCCCAGCGAGCCCCAGAGCCAGCAUCAUCUGACCCCAGGGCUGCAGCUGGUCAUCCCCAAUCACAGGCCAGAGCAGGACCAGAGGAACUGGGGCAUGCUGGCAAACCACCUGUGGCCCCUAAGCCGUCAGAUGUUCGCAUGGCCACUGGUGGGACUGGUCAUGGUUACAAUGAGGGAGGUGCUCAGAACAGCCCAGUGGCGCUGCAGAAGGCUGUUCCAGUCCAGAGCUCCAGGCCCCCUCCAGCAGCAUCGGCCCAGCAGGCUCCACUGGAGACGGAGGGAGGUGGCUACUCCACUAGCGGUGCUCCAGUGGAGGAGAGAGUGCCUCCUGCAGUGCGGGAGGAGAGGAGACAGCCAACCACCUACAACUCCGUUCCUGCUCGACAACAAGCCCCUCCGCCUGAGGAGGAGGAUGCAAACAGCUAUGACUCAGAUGAGGCCACCACUCUGGGCGGCUUGGAGUUCAGCUUGCUUUAUGAGCAGGAGAACAACAGUCUCCACUGCAGCAUCCUCAAAGCCAAGGGACUGAAGCCCAUGGACUCGAACGGACUGGCUGAUCCCUAUGUCAAGCUGCAUCUAUUGCCAGGGGCCAGUAAGUCCAACAAGCUACGCACCAAGACCCUGAGAAACACCCGUAACCCUGCCUGGAACGAGACCCUGGUCUACCACGGACUCACAGACGAGGACAUGCAGCGCAAGACUCUCAGGAUCUCUGUCUGUGAUGAGGACAAGUUUGGGCAUAAUGAGUUUAUCGGAGAAACUCGCAUUGCGCUGAAGAAACUGAAGAUCAACCAGAAAAAAAACUUCAACGUGUGUCUCGAGAGAGUUGUCCCUACAAAGAAGACUGCAACAGCUGGAGGGGCUCGAGGCAUUUCACUCUACGAGGAUGAGGGUGGGAAGGAGGUUGGAGAUGUGGAAGAGCGUGGUCGUAUCUUGAUCUCCCUCACGUACAGCACCCAGCAGAAUCGUCUCCUCGUGGGUGUGGUGCGCUGUGUUCACCUGGCCGCCAUGGAUGCCAAUGGAUACUCUGACCCAUUUGUCGAAAUAUGCCUGAGACCUGAUAUGGGGAAGAAGGCCAAGAACAAAACAAAUAUCAAGAAGAAGACCCUAAACCCAGAGUACAAUGAGGAAUUUAGCUAUGACAUCAAGCACAGCGACCUGGCUAAGAAGACCCUGGACAUCUCAGUGUGGGACUACGACAUUGGGAAAUCCAACGAUUACAUCGGUGGGUGCCAGCUGGGCAUCACAGCCAAAGGGGAGCGGCUGAAGCACUGGUAUGAGUGCCUGAAGAACAAGGACAAGAAGAUAGAGCGCUGGCACACCCUGUUGAAUGAGAAUCCUAUCAACAGCAACUAACCCCUAUUAGAAUGAGCAAAGUCCUCUCCCUCAACACUCACCCCCCUCUCCUUUCUCACAUUACCCUCUCUACCCUUCCCAAUAACCUUUAAUAUUGAACUGAACUAACCAGUAGUCUUUCUGUCUGGCUGUCUGCAUUCUUUCCUGUCCUCAACCCAACCCGCCACAUGCACCUUUCCAUCCUCCCCUGUUGUCCCAGAUGUGAUAUUCCCAUCUCAUGUCUCUCCCCCUUUACUGAGACUUAUCUGGAAAUACUCCUCCAGAGGCAAAACAUGGUAUACUUUAAAAUCAUCCUUCAUAAACAACUUAGGGAUUCAACAAUUUAAGGCAAAAAAAUAAAAUAUAUAAAUAAAUACUUUUGAAGAUAAUAAAAACAACAGCUUGACAUUGCAUUAUACGGUUGCAUUGAGAUAAUCAUAGCAGUUGAUGAUGUUAUAUAUUGAAUUUGACACAUCCUAAAGAAAACCAAUAUUGAAAUGCACUAGCACAAAAGAUGUUGAAGCAAUAUGUAAUUCUAUGUGGGAUUACAGCUGCAGCACCCGUUGAACUAUGAAGUUCAUUAGACUGGCAGGUUGUAAUCCUUGAUUUCUUGUAAAAUGACAUCAUGCAGUAUUAUUACCACUUGUAUGAGCAUGCAAAACCACAUGAAAACACACCGAGGACCCACAGCUGCCCUCUGAACUAUUUCAAAUGUUCCAAAAGUCACGUGUUUAUUUAAUGAUAUCUAAUGAAUAUUAUGGCAUUCUCAUGAAGAAGGUUUAUAUGCUGCAGAAUUUCUGAAGUUAAAGAUAAAAAAUAAUCUGGACUCUGGGAAUGAUUCACCAAAAAAUUGACAAAAAACAUAUAUUUAUUAUUUUUUAAUAUAUUACAUAUAAAUAGGCAAUUCAAGUAAAUCAUAUUUGUAUUUAUUUCAGAAUCAGUUAAAAUAUUUUGAAUGAUAGCACUCCUAUUAGAAGAAACUGUGCUCACUUCAUGCCAAGUGUUCACUUUGUCCUUAUUUGAGUCAUGUUUAUAGAGGUAGUGGGAACAUGUUCAAUUUUUGAUGAGAAUGUUUGCACUGAAAAGUUGAAAAUCUGGUUCAGUUCUUUGUUUACGGUGAAGGAAGAGAGGAGACAGGAAAACCGUAUUUCCCUGGCGAGUAAUGAGAAGUAUACUAUGACAGGUGUGGUCUAAAUGAAUGUUUACUGAGGUUUUUUACUGACUGACAUUUUUAGAUCGAAUGCACAUGAUCUGAUUUUUCACUGACACUUAAAGCCUGCUCCACCUUAGUCACAUUAAAUAAGACAACAUGGGUAAGGCUAUGUCAUAAGUAAAUGUGCUGCUUGCAUGCACUGUGCUCGUGACCCUUGUGUUUUCUGUGGCUGGAGCAGUCACACACCCCAACCGGCUCCUCCCCACAAUGCACCCCCCUUUACCCACUCUGGCCGCCUCCAUUAAUGCGUCAUCCUUUUUUGCUGCACAGUUCACUCACAAGUUUUGGCGGGCGGCUGUUGACCAAUUACCGUAAUUCAAAGAAAGCACAUCGUAUACCAUGGAAUGACCUCCAUUUAUACAGCUGUUUGCAAGUUUCUAAAAAAAAACUAUGCAUGAGAGAUCUUGUGGUUCAUGAUAUAUACAUUGACUUAAGAAACAAAUUAUAUUGUAAUUUGAUGAUUUAUCUCUACCCCUUAACAUUGGUCCAAAUGCUUUUUUUUAAAACACUGAAGUCCACAGCAACAUACAUGUAUUUAUGCAGCAUGAAUAUCAGGACUAUUAUUAUCAUUAGGUUAACAAUGGAUAAAUUCAUUGAUGUAGCGCGCUACUUUAGACCCUCUUCAGAGCAUCCUCAGCUUGGUAAUGUGACAGGGAUGAGAGUAAAAGCUAGGACCCUGUACACAGAGCUCAGAUAAUGCUUAGAGGGCUGAUUACUGUGCGUAAACAGUCAAGCACGGUGAUCUCACCGACCAGUUCCUGAAGGUAGACGAUUAAAGGAGAUUCAUCUCAUCUAUAGAGUGAUGCAUUUUCACCAAGUGCUCUGUCUCCUCCUUUGAUGGGUAAAAACAGGGGCUCCCACAGCCAAUGAGAGCCUCUCCUGAACUGUAUUGUCUUGCUGUCUACCAGUAGCCACAAUUUCAACAUUAUUUUGUUGCGUAUGCACUUGGUUUUCACUGGUUCUACUACGGUACUAUUGUAGCCUACCUGUUCUGUUUUGUGACCAGUUUAGUGGUCUUUAAUCUUAAUUAGUUUCUUUUCUCUUUUCUGGAUAGUAAGUGUCGCUAAACCUAAAGAGGAUACAACUGUUCUCCGUUUUGUUCUGCCUACUCUAUUUAAAUGAAUUGUUUGUUGGUUUUAUUUAUGUCAAUUGUAAAUAAGUAGUGCAUGGACUUGAGAGAAACAAAAUAUAAGUACCUGUGUAUGUUUGCAUGUAAAGAUUUUACAAAGAGUUAGGUUUACACAGAUCAAUAAAAGCAAGGUCAGACUUGUGAGAUCAUUA